AUGCCUGAUUUGCACAUUCAUGACGUCGACGACCAAAACGCGCAGCUGCCGCGAAUAAAACCGCCUCCUCGCAAGGCCAAAAUAUCGGUCCCCUUUUCAUACGCGGCCAGCGAUGACGGCACCGAUGAGAACUUGUUGAUCUUGCUCCAUGGCUUGGGCGACACGCAAAUCCCGUUUUUCAAGCUCGGCAAACAAUUGAAGCUCCCGCAAACGGCUGUCCUUGUCCUUCAAGCUCCAGAGAGGAUCCCAUUCCUCUAUGAGGAAGCAUACGCAUGGUACCCCUCAUUCGACCCACUAGGGGAACUUAUUCCCCGACCCAAUCCCACCUCUGCCCUCGAGCUGCUUGACAAGAUCAUCAACCAUCUCCGCGAGGAUUGCACUUGGCCUCUCGAUCGCGUCCAUCUCUUUGGUUUCGCCCAAGGCGGAAGCGUCGCGGCCGAAUUCGGUGUCAAACUGCACCGUGAGACGCUUGGCUCAAUAGUCACCGUGUCCGGCCCACUGUUGUCUUAUCCUACCCUCUCAACAUUGAGUCUAACCCCCAUUCUCGUGGCCUACCGCUCGCCUUCUCUACCUGCAUCAGAGCUGCCGGCGUUCAAGAAGGGUUUUUCGCGAGUGCGGGAGAGUAAAAUGGUGCCAGAGGGGGGCAUGCCAGCGUCCAGGACAGAAUGGGAACCCAUCAUGCGGUUCUGGAGCGACAAUCUAUGUCGCAGACAGGUUGAGGGUGUUUACGAAGUCUUGAGCGGCACGUCUGGUUGA